AUGGCUGAUAAUGACUUUGGAAAAAAAAUCGCCGAGUGUCCCAACUGUUCAUCUACUUCUCAGAAAGGCGCAUCUCCUGUCAGUCCCAGUAAAACAAGGUUUAUUCCAGCGUUAGUGGUGGAAACGUCAGAUACAUCAAGCUCUUGUGAGCCAGACUCUUCAAGUUCACUGGACAGAAAAAAACAACAAAUUAUUAAAUAUAAGGCCGUGGCAAAAAAUGUGCCCUUAAGAUCCUCAAAUAUAGAGAGAAAGACAUCUCAACAACAAUGGGGUCGGGGCAACGUUUCGGAAGUAAAAGUUCCUCACAUCAGGCUGGACGAUGGAGCUGCUAUUGAGAAUAUAUAUACAUUUGGAAGAAUAUUGGGAAAAGGGAGCUUUGGAGUGGUCAUUGAAGCUAUAAACAAGGAAACAGGAACUAAGUGGGCAAUUAAAAAAGUGAACAAAGAAAAGGCUGGGAGCUCUGCUGUGAAGUUACUUGAACAGGAGGUGAACAUCCUAAAAAGUGUGAAGCAUGAGCACAUCAUACAUCUGGAACAGGUGUUUGAGACGCCCAAGAAAAUGUACCUUGUGAUGGAGCUUUGUGAGGAUGGAGAACUCAAAGAAAUUCUGAAGAAGAAAAGGCAUUUCUCAGAGAAUGAGACCAGAUGGAUCAUUCAGAGUCUCGCAUCAGCGAUAGCCUAUCUGCACAAUAACGAUAUAGUACAUAGAGAUCUAAAACUGGAAAACAUAAUGGUUAAAAGCAGCUUUACUGAUGCUCACAAUGAAAUGAACUUAAACAUAAAGGUGACUGAUUUUGGCUUAGCAGCGAAGAAGCAUGGCGGGAGCGUGGCCAUGCUGCAGACCACGUGUGGGACUCCUACCUACAUGGCCCCUGAGGUGAUCAAUGACCACGACUACAGCCAGCAGUGUGACAUUUGGAGCAUAGGUGUCAUCAUGUACAUUUUGUUAUGCGGAGAACCACCCUUUUUUGCAAGCUCAGAAGAGAGGCUUUUUGAGUUAAUAAGAAAGGGAGAGCUGCGUUUCAGUGACCCAGUGUGGGACACCAUAAGUGAUUGUGCUAAAAGUGUUUUGAAACAACUUUUGAAAGUAGAUCCUGCUCACAGAAUCACAGCCAAGGAACUGCUAGAUAACCAGUGGAUAACAGGCAAUAGACUUUCUUCGAUGAGACCUACCAAUGUAUUAGAAAUGAUGAAAGAAUGGAAAAAUAUUCCAGACAGUGAUGAGGAAAGCACAGAAGAUCCAAAGAACAUGCUGUCCAAUCAAGGAAAGUUGGAAGGUUACCUGCUCGACAUACCCAGCAAAGAUGUCCAGGCUGUCUCUAGCGCUUCAGAAGAAGAGGAGGUAAAACAGCCCACUGCUCGUAAAAAGAAAUUUCCUGCGACCAGUAAGAAGGGAAAUGUGGACAACUUGGACAUGAGCAGUUCAAAUUCCACACCUUACAGACCCCUUAAAGCUGGAAUCAAGGGAGAAUCAGAGAAAUCCUCCGUGCCUUCAAGCCCAGGAACAACAACCAAAUACACUUCUAAGACCACGGCCCUGCCUAGAACCAAAAAGAAACCUUAA